GAAGUUACAGUGAGGCUGCGGGAAAGGCCUGCUGCUUCUCUGAGGCUCUUCCCACCAUCAGGAGACAUCCGUCACACCGCUGGUUAAAGGAAGAUGCAGAAAAGCAAAAGACCCUCCUUCAUCAGCCUUCCUGAAGGAGCUGAGGAAACCUCGGUGGUUCCUCCUUCUUGGCCCACAAGUGGGAUGGAUAGCGGGGUCUCAGGCACAACCAGUAAUGGAGAAACAAAACCAGUGUUUCCAGUCAUGGAAAAGGCAAAGGAAGAUGGCACUCUGGAGCGGGGACACUGGAACAACAAGAUGGAGUUUGUGCUGUCAGUGGUCGGGGAGAUCGUUGGCUUAGGCAACGUCUGGAGGUUUCCCUAUCUCUGCUACAAGAAUGGGGGAGGUGCCUUUUUCAUCCCCUACCUCAUCUUUCUCUUCACCUGUGGCAUUCCUCUCUUCUUCCUGGAGACAGCACUGGGUCAGUACACAAGCCAGGGGGGCAUCACAGCCUGGAGGAAGAUCUGUCCCAUCUUUGAGGGCAUUGGCUGUGCCUCCCAGGUGAUUGUCAUGCUCCUCAACAUCUACUACAUCAUUGUCCUGGCCUGGGCAUUCUUCUACCUCUUCAGCAGCUUCACCACUGACCUGCCCUGGGGAAGCUGCCACCACGAGUGGAACACAGAGAACUGUGUGGAGUUCCAGAGGACCAAUGGCUCCCUGAAUGUGACCUUUGAGAAUGUCACCUCCCCUGUCAUCGAGUUCUGGGAGAGGCGGGUCCUGAAGAUCUCUGAUGGCAUUCAGAACCUGGGGGCCCUGCGCUGGGAGCUGGUCCUGUGCCUCCUGCUCGCCUGGAUCAUCUGCUACUUCUGCAUCUGGAAGGGGGUCAAGUCCACAGGCAAGGUGGUGUACUUCACAGCCACGUUCCCUUAUCUCAUGCUGAUAGUCCUAUUAAUCCGAGGGGUGACACUGCCUGGGGCAGCCAAAGGAAUUCAGUUCUACCUGUACCCUGACCUCACACGUCUGAGGGACCCCCAGGUGUGGAUGGACGCGGGCACCCAGAUCUUCUUCUCCUUCGCCAUCUGCCUGGGCUGCCUCACAGCCCUGGGCAGCUACAACAAGUACCACAAUAACUGCUACAGGGACUGCCUUGCCCUCUGCCUCCUCAACAGUGGCACCAGCUUCAUGGCCGGCUUUGCUAUCUUCUCCAUCCUGGGCUUCAUGGCCCAGGAACAGGGUGUGCCCAUUUCUGAGGUCGCCGAGUCAGGCCCUGGCCUGGCUUUCAUCGCCUACCCCCGGGCUGUGGUAAUGCUUCCCUUCUCUCCUCUGUGGGCCUGCUGCUUCUUCUUCAUGGUCAUUCUCCUGGGACUUGAUAGCCAGUUUGUGUGUGUAGAAAGCCUGGUCACAGCGCUGGUGGACAUGUACCCCCAGAAGUUCCGGAGGAAGCACCGGAGAGAGAUCCUCAUCCUUGUGGUGGCCGUCGUCUGCUUCCUUUUGGGGCUAGUCAUGCUCACAGAGGGCGGCAUGUACGUGUUCCAGAUCUUUGACUACUACGCAGCCAGUGGCAUGUGUCUCCUGUUUGUGGCCAUCUUUGAGUCCCUCUGUGUGGCUUGGGUUUACGGAGCUGGACGCUUCUAUGACAAUAUUGAAGAUAUGAUUGGGUACAAGCCAUGGCCUCUUAUCAAAUUCUGCUGGCUCUUUUUCACACCAGCUGUGUGCAUGGCCACCUUCUUGUUCGCCUUGAUCAAGUAUACACCACUGACCUACAACAAGAAGUACACAUAUCCAUGGUGGGGUGAUGCCCUGGGCUGGCUCCUGGCUCUGUCCUCCAUGGCCUGCAUUCCCGCCUGGAGCAUCUACAAAUUUUUCAGCCUCAAAGGCCCCCUCAGAGAGAGAGUUCGCCAGCUCUUGUGCCCGGCUGAGGAUCUGCCCCAGAGGAACCAAGCAGGACCCACCGCUGCCACACCCAGGACAUCUCUUCUGCGACUCACAGAACUGGAGUCAAACUGCUAAGGGUGGAACUUCACAUGGAGCCUGUGGGCCUGGCUGGGGGACAUCUGUAUGCCAGCAGGCAGAAGGCCCACUGUGCCCCUCUGUUCUCACCCUGGGCAGACAACACAAAGGGCAUCCUUUGGAAUGCACCUUUGGAGCAGGGUGCCUUUCAGCCCCACUUCUUUGUUCCACCCCAUCUGUUAAAACAGACGAGAGAUGCCAGUGUCCAGAGUACCUCUUGAGCCAGCUCGGGAAGCCCAGUGGGGGUAGUAGGGGUGAGAGCAACUGGCCUCCGCCUUUUCCCUGCAUUCCAUUAAAUCCAUCUUCUUCCCUGAA